CCGCCGUUGGCCCGCGACGUCACUUCCGGCGGACGAGCUGGCGGCCAGGCAGCCGCGCUCGAGCAAAAAAAACACACAAGCGGCGCAAAAAUAACUCGAUGCGAACCGCCCGCCUCGCAAACCAAGCAGCUCCCCGCCGGGACACGACUGUGGAAACCAAAUAACCGUACCCGGGUUUUAAUUGUGUCUCGGAUCGGCUAGAGAAGGAGAAAGAUGUCGGCGCAGGCCCAAAUGCGAGCCAUGCUCGACCAGCUGAUGGGCACGUCCCGGGACGGUUCAGUGUAUCUUUGCCUGCCUACUUCAGUCUGCAAGGGAGUUACAGAAACACCCCACGUUCAUCGAGCCGAGUUCACCUGGCAUGCGGUCUAUGUUUGGACCACUGCAACACAGGAUCUGUAGGGUAGGGUGAUGCAACUACCAAAACUAUAUUUGUGAAGAUUUGCAUAUUGUUUGGCGUGUGAUCUUAAUGGAGCUUAUGUUAUUUCCCAUGUGCUUUUUUUUUGUAACAGCAUUCUAAAUUUUGCCACACGUGGGUUUAGAAUUAACAAGUUAACUGCUUGGAGUAGUCUAGACAAGUGAACGCACUGCACUUCUGUGACAUAAUUGAGGUUAUAAAAUACUGGAUGGUGAUUUAUAAUGUAUUUAUAACUCGUCUUCUCAGUGGUGUUUUCAUCUUUUUUUUAAUUUUUUUUAGUUUUAUGUGAUUUCAAUGUGUUUUUCUCCUGUCCGUUAUCGCUCUCAUAUGUAAUGGCUCCAAUGCAGCUAGAUGAAAGAAGUGCGUGGGCAGGUGUAUAAAGUGGGUUCGAAUCAGGUCAGUAUGGAGAAUACUGUAAGUGAUCGCCUCUGAAUACCUUUACUUAAAUUGGAAUCCUAAUUUUAAUUUGGUUGUUUUGGCAUGAUUGCAGUCUAAAAUGGAGUUCAGUCAGUCAUUUAAGUUGCUUCAAGUGGUAGUGCGACCUCUUUAAAUCUUUAAGGAGCUUCAUUUGGAUGAACCAUUUCCUCUUGUUUCUCUGAAGGUAGGACAAGGAGUUCAGACUUCCUUUUACUAAAUCUGUUGAUAUGGACCUCUUUGCCUGUUCCAGUAAGUUUGAAAUUAAAUUGUGGUACAAUGUUAUGCACACUGCUCUCUAAGCAUGCACAGUCCAGAUAGACUGGCACUUUUGUUGGUGGGCUUCUUUCCCUUGCAGUUGGUGUAAUUUGUUGCCAGAUUUUUAGUUAUCACAAAGUUACUUUUCCCACAGGUUUUAUUUCCAAGACAUGGUACUUGCCUGGAACCUUUUUACAAAAGACUGGUAGAUGACCUCUUAAAAUGAGAUGCCAGUCGGCAGAGAAUCAGAUUUACAGACGAUCGAGUCUGCAAGAGUCAUCUCCUGAACUGCUGCCCACACGACAUUCUUUCUGGAACGCGAAUGGACCUUGGAGAAUGCACAAAGGUUCAUGACCUUGCACUAAGAGCGGACUAUGAAAUUGCCUCCAAGUUGAAGGACCACUUUUUUGAAAUGGAUGCGAUGGAUCACUUGCAGUCAUUUAUCACAGACUGCGACAGAAGAACCGAAAUUGCAAAGAAACGGUUGGCAGAAACCCAAGAAGAGAUCAGUGCAGAGGUGGCAGCAAAGGCUGAGCGAGUUCACGAACUAAACGAGGAAAUUGGAAAACUGCUAGCCAAGGCAGAACAGUUGGGAGCUGAAGGAAAUGUUGAAGAAUCCCAAAAAGUCAUGGAAGAAGUUGAGAAGGCAAGAGCAAAGAAGAGGGAAGCUGAGGGGGACACCAUUGCCUCUCCUUCCUCCAGUGCAUUUUGGGAGGUUUAUCGGAAUUCCAUGCCAGCCUCCAGUUUCCAGCAGCAGAAACUGCGGGUCUGUGAAGUGUGCUCAGCAUACUUGGGUCUUCACGACAAUGAUCGACGCCUCGCCGACCACUUUGGUGGGAAACUUCACCUCGGAUUCAUUGAAAUUAGAGAGAAGCUGGAAGAGUUACAGAAACUUGUCGCUGAGAAACAGGAAAAAAGGACACAGGAGCGUCUGAAAAGAAGAGAGGAGAGGGAAAAAGAGGAACGGAUGAAAAGAAAGACCCGGUCUCGCAGCAGGGAACAGAAGAGAUCAAGAUCACGGGAGCAUCGCCGACAUCGAUCCAGGUCUGCUUCCCAUGAUCGACGCAAGCGUUCCCGCUCCAGAUCAAGGGAUCGACGUCGCCGACGCAGGUCUCGUUCCAGAAGUAGAAGCAGAAGUCAUAGUCACCACCGCAGCAGGCAUAGCUCCAAGGAUAAGGAGAGGGAUCGGAGCAGAGAAAAAAGUACUAAAAGGAAGUCUAAAGACCGAGACAGAUCCAGAGAUCGGGACAGAGAUAAAUCGAGGGAGAAAGAUCGCAAGGAGAAAAAGCGUUCCUAUGAGAGUGCUAAUGGCAAAUCGGAACACAGCUCCGAGGAGCGUGAAGCAGGAGAAAUCUAAAGGACAAAACAUUUUUGGAAUCAGGGCAGUGGAUGUCUUAUUGUUUAACUUGACUAGCGGAGCUCUUGUUUUGGUUUUGGACUUAGAGAAAAAAAUUCCAGCGGCUAGGUGACUGAUAACUUAAAAGAAUAGAUAGUUGAAGAUGUUGAAGACAGACAUUUUGUCAGUUUAACCAGCUGGUUUUGAAGGCAGCAGCUGGAGAUGCCUAGAGUGUACAACGUGCAUGCACUCGUGCUGUUAUGCCACUAACAUUAGGGUUCCUCCUUUCAUUUGCACUAAGGUGCUAUUUCAUUUUGAAUAUUGAGUUAUUUGUUAGUUUCCUUUUUUUUUUUUUAAAUGUGGAAUCUGAAAUCCACAGUAAAUGUUAGUUGAACCAGAAUAUGAGUGGUUCUUGAGGGGCAGUAAGUGUUUAGUUGUUUAAGCAGCUUCAUUUGAGAUUAUUGUCAGAUGCAUUGGCUUGCAGUCUCUGAAUCUUCUGCGCCCUCCCCUCCCCAACCACUUCUCCCCUGGCCUGAAAUAUGCGUGCUGUAAAAUUAUCAUCAUAAAAUUGUAACAAUCAUCAUUUCACAGACAAUAUUUUUGGACGGGUAUCUGUUUGCUGGUGAUUGCGAAUCUGUAGUAACAUGAAGGACUUUUUUUCUCACUAAUUACUUUUCGUGUAUCUAAAUGAACCACUUCUGCCACACCAUUUCCCUUGAGGUUAACAUUAUCGAUGUUUAACAUUACUUUGAUAGAAUAUUGAUUUUUUUAAUGUUUUUUUCCCCCAACCGUGAAAUGAUCUUGAUUUUUGUUUUCCACAGAUACCCCAAUGACUUGACUAGUGUUUUGUUUUUAAUUAACUUGGAAAGUGGAACCAUUUACUGCCCAUUUCUUACAAAAACUACCAAUUAAGACGAGAAAUGUAACUGCUACAAAUAAAGCGCAUUUCUUCAUUCCGUUGCUACCAGUCCUACCUCCACACCAAGUCCAUUUUAAGAAAACAACCUUAUUUUAGGAGAGUGCUCCCCUUUAAGUGCUCUAUAAGGUCUAGAAAUGCACAGAGAUAAUAUUUUGUUUUUGGGAGGGGGCAGAAAAAGAUCCCAAAUUUCCGAGAUUUUGUAAUCUGUCCUUAUGUGUACUUUUUAAUAUAAUUAAGAAGUGUUGGUUUUAUUCUUGCAAUUGCAGUAGAAGUUCCGGAAGGAAUGGUCCAAUAUUGGAGUUGAUGAGUUUUGUGAUUUCAAUCGCUUUUCAGGAUUCUGCAUGCUAAAUACAUGCUGAAAAUACAAUUUCCCAAAAAAGACCUUUCUAGCUUUGUGUGCACGUGGUCCUCAUUAACCUUAGCAUGUCUUCAGAUUACUUCUGGAACACAGUCAACAUAACUGUUUUUUUUUGGAUUGAUACUUGUGAACUUUUUUGAGUGAAAUCAUGCCCAUAAAAUAGUUUUUAGAGUUUAUUAUUCAAAAAAAAAGAUUGAUUGUUUGCUCAAAACAACAGGACUUUCCAACCAUUAAAAUAAUAAGGAGUAUUUAGUUGGAUUUAAGGGAACCCUUUCUUUUCCACAUGCUUGUGGCAUAAAUGGCACACUCCACGCAGCUGCAGCCAUUGUAUACAGUGUGCUCUGGGGUGUCACAGUCCUAAAAUAUACCAAUGUAUUCCAUGAAGGCUAUAUUGCUUGUUUUGUUCGUCAGUUGUGGUUAUCCCACAAUUGCUGUUCCUUUUUUAAAAAGAGGCGGUCUGGUUUAACUUAAACCAACUUCUGUGCUAUAAGAAUAACCAGUGUGAUGUUCUUUACUAUUAUAUUUCUGCACUGGAAACUUAAGUUACAAGAUGUCACACUGCUGCCCCUGCCACCCACCCCCACCAUUCAUUUAGUUUGUGUCUCAUUUGGUCAGUCAGUUUCCCGAGUUUACAAUUUGUUUUGACACCCAAACAACAAGGUUUUAUUUUAUCCUCCUGUAUUUUCUUUCCCCCCCCCCAUGACAUGUCUAUACUUGUAUUGUUAAUUGAAAAACAAUUGAAAUAAUUUUUUCCAAAACCAUUUAAGAUUUACAAACAGUUUAAGUUUUCCUGUAUUGUAUAAAGAUGUGAUGAAUACUUGUUUGCUACUUUGCAAAUAAAACAAACCGAUAUUAUGUCUU